AUGUCGACUCUCACGCGCGCUUUUACCAAGCGCAAUAAGCGGCCAGAAGUGUCGGCGCCCAUGCCAUAUCAGGAAGAGAAGGCCAAGGGCCAUUCACGAUUCAACUCUGGCUCCAUCAAGCGUAGUAACAUCUCUGGCCCUGUUCGACUCAUUUCCACCACCAACAUGCUGGCUUACAACGCUCCCGAUUUGAACUCUAUUGCGCAGUCCCCAGUGUCUUCUGCUUCCUCUAUGCGAUCGCGCGAGGAUUCCGACGUCGCCAUUUCCCCGCACAGCUACUCCUCGUCCAUUACCACCCCGGACAAUUCAGAGCAUUCUUCUCCCAUCGAUGGGGCCCCUACGUCGUACUUCCCCAAGCGAUCGGCAACUGUGACCAGUGCCCCACGCUCCUCCACUACCUCGGCCUCCUCAACGGAUGCGCCCUUGGUUCCCGUGCGUGCACUCUCCCACACCAAACGAUCUCACCAAGACCUCGCACGCAAGCGCUCUCAGGUCAGAAACUCGCCCCCAACUCUCAGCGCACCACGCAGCAACCCUACGCUGGGCGCAUCCCUUGAGAUGUUCAAACAUGCACCCGAGUCGCAUCCAUUCAGCAAAGAGUUGGCCCAGGUCAAUGAGGUGGCUGAGGAGUUCAGUGGCCCACGCGUGCUAGACGAGGAGGAACUGUUCCUUGCUCGCAAUGGGCUACACAAAUUCUCGGUGGAUGACUAUCUUGCUGAAAUCGAGGAGUUGUAUGGAAAUGCCUUUGAGAACAAGCUUGGACCCAUUAGUGCGGGUCCGUGGCUGUGA